GCCAACAUAACGUCAACGGCAGCGAGUCGAGUCGCGACUUACAUAUUUUCUUUAUAGCGAUUCCAGCACGAGCGAAAGGGACAACCGGACACGAUCAAAGGAUAUCCGUUAAUCUCACGUUUUUUUUUGUGUGCUUUUUUUGUUGUGUUUGAGCAUGAAUAUCGUUGGCGUUCCGUUAAAUGGGGCUCUGCUCAGCUGCUGCUUCUUUCUAUUGACGUCAGCCUCUUCUUCAAAUCUCGAUAGUUCCUCGUCGGUACCUGCUGCACCUACUCCUUCUUCUUCUAAGCCGAAAAGAGAUGCUGGUUUCAGUUUCGGAGGAAUAUCCAACUAUCAUGGUCCUUCCCACAAAUAUCUGCCGCCUUCCUAUGAAAGUCAUCUAAACUUUGAGAGUAUCCAUGGAAACCCUUUGAGCUCCGGUGGUUACCCCGAACACUACAGUCACUUGAAAGCUGCGAACAGCUAUGGCCAUCAUUACGGACAUUCUGGAAGUCACGGCUACGCCAGUUCCAUUGGCCAGGGAAAACCUCAUCAUUACGGCAGUGGGGGAAGUCCCAAGAUCGAAACCUAUAUUAUUCAAACAAAUGGUGGCUCGAGUUCCGGACACAGUUAUCAUGGUCAGAGUCAUGGCAUAAGUCAUGGAAUUGGACACGGAAUAAGUCACGGGAAUAGCCAUGUAUCCGGAUUAGGCUACAAGUAUGCACCAUCCCCCGCUGGGUCUUAUCUGAAUCUUCUAGGAAACAACCACAAGACCAGCACGUAUGUGGUGACUACUCCCGAGUACACUGGAAACAGUCACGGAAUUGGCUACGGACUGGGAUCAGCUCACAGGCCCAGUCACAGUAGCUACAUACCCAUUCAAGGUUAUGGUACCGGAAUUGGUCAUGGCGUCAGCCAACAUAUCAGCCAUGAAGCCAGUCACGGACCUAGCCACGAUUUGGACUUAGGCCACUAUUCAGGUGGACACUUUGCCCAGCACCCCUUGCCAAAACCGGCCAAGGAGCAUACAGGAUACUCUUACGAUGUUCCUGCCACGCCGUUUGGCAAGGGUGUUCCCCUGAGCAGUUAUAGCGUACCCCUCAUCCCGGGCUAUGAUCAUCAGGAAUCACUGCCAGAACCAGUACAGGUUCUUGAACAGGAGCAAAAGGCCGAUCGGGAGCAGGAGAGGGAAACGCCAGUUUACGCGCUGGGCCACAAGGGCUUGGGCCACUUUAGUUACACAGCCAGCAAGCCUCAGGCUCUUCAUACCGACAUCCUCAACGCCGCCCAUUCCGCCCACUCUGCUGCACCAGCCCACGAACUUGAUCUCUCUGAGGCGCCUUUUAAGCCCAGCGCCUUUUUGGGAGCCAAGCACGAAUCCGGAUCAAAUUCAAUUUCCGGCUAUGACUACGCCACUCCCAGCUCUUCGUUUCUGCAGGUUUCUUCAUCGCCAGGCUACGACUACCCAGCUCCCGCACAGCUCUACGGACCACCCGGUCACUCCGGGGACUCGGCCACUCCUAUUUUUGAGCCGGAGGCCACCUACCUGCCGCCCGCCAGCAGCUACGGACCCCCGGCCACGUCCUCCCAUGGCUAUCACUAAAUUAUUAUACUAGUUUUAAGAUCUAGAGUCUCUGUAUUUUUAUGACUAUCUAUUUGGUACUGCAAGCCAAGAUUAAAUAAUAAAAAAGAAAUGGAAAAGUA